CGCUGCCGGAAGCGGGGCGGGCGCUGGGCGCGGGGCAGCGCGGGGCGGCCGAGCCCCCGCCGGCGGGCCAUGCUGCUCAAGCUCCUGCAGCGACAGACCUACACCUGCCUGUCGCACCGGUACGGGCCCUGCCUCUGCCUCGGCGGGCUCGUCCUCAUGAUCGUCUCCGCGCUGCAGUUCGGGGAGGUUGUCUUGGAGUGGAGUAGAGACCAGUAUCAUGUUAUGUUUGAUUCGUACAGAGACAACGUUGCUGGCAAAUCAUUUCAGAAUCGGCUUUGUUUACCCAUGCCGAUUGAUGUGGUGUACACCUGGGUGAAUGGCACAGAUGUUGAGCUGAUCAAAGAAUUGCAACAGGUCAGAGAACAGAUGGAGGAGGAACAGAAAAUAAUGAGGGAAAUCCUCGGAAAGAAUGCGACAGAGCCAACAAAGAAGAGCGAGAAGCAACUGGAGUGUUUGCUGACACACUGCAUCAAAGUGCCAAUGCUUGUUCUGGAUCCUGCGCUGCCUUCCAAUGUCACACUGAAAGACCUUCUCUCCGUUCAUCCUGCUUUACAAGCUGCUAACAAUAUGUUCUUUGUAGCAAAACCAAAAAAUCCUUCUACCAAUGUGACAGUAAUUGUUUUUGAUAGCCCUAAGGAUGUUGAAGCUGCCCAUUCUGGAAUGUUAAGAGACAGCAGCAAACAGAUAGUAUGGAGGGGUUACUUGACUACAGACAAAGAAGUUCCAGGUCUGGUAUUAAUGCAAGACUUGGCCUUCCUUAGUGGAUUUCCAGCUACGUUCAAGGAAACAAACCAGCUACGAACAAAACUACCAGAGAGCCUGGCUUCUAAAGUAAAACUGUUGCAGCUCUAUUCAGAGGCGAGUGUGGCUCUCUUGCAACUGAAUAACCCUAAGGGUUUCCAAGAACUGAGCAAGCAAGCAAAGAAGAACAUGACAAUAGAUGGAAAAGAACUGACACUUAAUCCUGCGUAUUUACUAUGGGACCUCAGCUCUGUCAGUCAGUCUAAACAGGAUGAAGAUAUUUCUGCCAGCCGUUUUGAAGAUAAUGAAGAGCUGAGAUACUCAUUAAGAUCGAUAGAGAGGCAUGCCCCUUGGGUACGACAUAUUUUUAUUGUCACUAAUGGGCAGAUUCCAUCCUGGCUUAACCUGGAUAAUCCUCGGAUAACCAUAGUGACGCAUCAGGAAAUAUUUCAGAAUGUGAGUCACUUACCUACCUUCAGUUCACCAGCUAUUGAAAGUCACAUUCAUCGUAUCAGUGGCCUCUCACAGAAGUUUAUCUAUCUCAAUGAUGAUGUUAUGUUUGGGAAGGAUGUUUGGCCUGAUGAUUUUUACAGUCACUCUAAAGGUCAGAAGGUUUACUUGACUUGGCCUGUGCCAAACUGCGCUGAGGGAUGCCCUGGCUCGUGGAUUAAAGAUGGUUACUGUGAUAAAGCCUGUAAUAACUCAGCAUGUGAUUGGGAUGGAGGUGAUUGCAUUGGUAACAGUGGGGGUAGUCGCUAUGUGGCUGGUGGAGGUGCGGUUGGAGGUAUUGGGAAUGGACCACCGUGGCAAUUUGGUGCAGGAAUAAGUGGAGUUUCAUACUGUAACCAAGGCUGUGCUAAUUCCUGGCUAGCAGACAAAUUCUGUGAUCAGGCCUGCAAUGUCCUCUCCUGCGGAUUUGAUGCUGGUGAUUGUGGCCAGGAUCACUUUGAAGAGAUGUACAAGGUGACACUUCAGCUCAAUCAGACCUACUAUGUUGUUCCCAAAGGUGAAUGUCUGCCCUACUUCAGCUUCAGUGAAAUAGCCAAGAAAGGAAUUGAGGGUUCAUAUAGUGAUAAUCCAAUUAUCCGACAUGCUUCAGUUGCCAACAAAUGGAAGACUAUCCACCUCAUAAUGCAUAGUGGCAUGAAUGCAACUGUGAUCUACUUUAACCUUACAUUUCUAAAUAAAAAUGACGAAGAGUUUAAAAUGCAGGUAGCUGUUGAAGUUGAUACUAGAGAGGAACCAAAACUGAACACAACUUCUGUGCAAAAAUCUAACUCUGAUUUUGUAGCUGUAACUUCAAUACCAGAAGCUGAAAUGAUAUUUGAGGAUAUUCCUGAAGAAAAACGCUUUCCAAGAGUCAGGAGACAUCGAAAUGGCACAAAAGAGAGCCUACAUGAAGAGGUGAUUGUACCAUCAGUAAAUGUGUCUCUCCUUCCUGAAGAUGUUCAGCUAGCACUGCAGAACCUGGACGUAAAACUACUAAAUGGUGAUAUCACUCAGAAAGGAUAUAACCUAUCCAAGGCUGCCCUCCUGAGACCUUUCCAGUUCUUAACUACAGUGAAGAGUUUUAUAGGCCUGGAAAAGAAGGGCAUGCAUGAUCAUUCAGAAGAUCAGAAAAAUCAUACCAGCUCGCAGAAGCCUUAUAAAGAUGUAAAUGAUGGCAAAAUAGAAACAAAAAAAGCAAAUGAAGAAGUUCCUUCAAAGCUUACAGGAACAAAGGGGACUGUUAUGACCACAAACACAAAUAAACCUAUUUAUAAAGUAAAGCCUAAAUCCACACUUCCCUCCCAGAGCAUGGGAAAUAAAAAUGAAACUCGAGAAAAAGUACUGAAUGCACUCAUAUUAAGGGAAACCCAGAAAUCAAAACGUACUGGGAAUUUAGAUACUGGAGAAGACACACAGAAGAUGGAAGGAGGAAAAGGGCAUGUGCAGGUUGAUGCAAAUAUGAGGGAGGGACUAGUGGGAAGAAAAUUACAGUCUUAUGCUGGAAGUUACCAAGGCUUUUUGCCAUGGGAGAAAAAGAAGUAUUUCCAGGACCUUCUUGAUGAAGAAGAGUCAUUACUCAAACAAAUGUCAUACUUCACUGAUGGUAGACAUUUUGGAAGGCAACUGAAAGAUACAUUUGCUGAUUCCCUUCGAUAUGUAAAUAAGCUUUUAAACAGCAAAUUUGGAUUUACAUCUCGGAAAGUCCCUGCUCAUAUGCCUCACAUGAUUGACCGCACUGUUAUGCAAGAGCUACAGGAUAUGUUUCCUGAGGAGUUUGACAAGACCUCAUUUCACAAAGUGCGGCACUCAGAAGAUAUGCAGUUUGCCUUUUCAUAUUUCUACUAUCUUAUGAGUGCAGUCCAGCCACUGAACGUUUCUCAGAUCUUUGAUGAGGUUGAUACAGACCAGUCAGGCAUUUUGUCUGACCGAGAGAUUCGCACAUUGGCCACGAGAAUCCAUGAACUACCAUUAAGCUUGCAGGAUUUGACGGGUCUGGAACAAAUGCUAAUAAAUUGCUCUAAAUCUCUUCCUGCCAACAUCACUCAGAUCCAUGUCAUUCCACCAACUCAGGAAGCAUAUUAUGAUCCCAACCUGCCUCCAGUAACAAAAAACCUAGUGACUAAUUGCAAACCUGUGACUGACAGAAUUCGUAAGGCCUACAAGGACAAAAACAAAUACAGGUUUGAAAUCAUGGGAGAGGAGGAAAUUGCCUUCAAAAUGAUUCGCACAAAUGUUUCUCAUGUGGUUGGUCAGCUGGAUGACAUACGAAAAAAUCCCAGAAAAUUUGUUUGUCUAAAUGACAAUAUUGAUCACAAUCAUAAGGAUGCUCAGACAGUCAAAGCAGUGCUUAGGGAUUUUUAUGAAUCAAUGUUUCCAAUACCUUCCCAAUUUGAACUUCCAAGAGAAUAUCGGAAUCGUUUUCUUCAUAUGCAUGAACUUCAAGAAUGGAGGGCAUAUAGAGACAAGCUCAAAUUCUGGACCCACUGUGUUCUAGUAACACUUAUUGUAUUUACAGUCAUCUCAUUUUUUGCUGAACAGGUUGGGGCCUUAAGUAACCCUUUCCGUGGUCUGAUGAAGAGUGUAUAGUUCUUGAAAGCUAAUUGCACUUAAACGAAAGAUUUUUCCAAGGAGAAGGAUCCAAAAAGAAGUUGGUCAUGAGCAAAUCAAAGUUUAGAAGAGCUUUACUUUGGAGAUCAGUCUACCUCAAGAUGUGAUAAGCAUUUAAAGUCUCUCUAAGUGUCUUUUAUGGUUUGGGAUUUAACCGCAUUGAUAUGAAGAAUAAAAUCAUGCAUCUACAGUUGGAAUCUCCGCAGUAUUAGUUAUGAUAUAAAAACUGCUGGAGCUGUGACAAUGCAAAACAACAGAAAGAAAUACUGGUGGGAAACCUGUACAUAGGCAGUUUUCAACAGGUCUUACUUUACAACUGUUAGUUCAAGGCCAUGCUAUCCUUUUU